GAGCGGUCGAGAUAAUAACAAAAUAGCGUAGUAUGGCAUCUUGAUCGGUCGAGGAAAAUGGGGCUUUUGGGCGGUUUCAAAGGCAAACUCAUCGGUAAGACGAGCAAGAAGAGCAGCGGAGCGAGCAGAGUGGUGUGCGUCAAAUUCAACACCUUCUCGGAGUUCGAGCCUGGGCCGAGCGCGUCUACGAGUAAUGGGAAUCUGGGACGGAACGAGGUCGUGAAGGAGAGACGAAAACCGCUGAAGCCGGAAAUCAAGGGCGUGUUCGAGCAGAAGGCCAACGGGGACGUGGGGGCCGCACCACCCCCAAGUAACCCUACGAAGACAAAACCCCCAGCGAACGCCACCAAAUCUCCUGCAGCUAAAGCGACGCCAAAACCUCCAGCUAAAGCCACGCCACCGCCUCCAGUUAAAUCGACGCCACCGCCUCCAGCUAAAUCGACGCCACCGCCUCCAGUUAAAGUGACGCCGGCGCCUCCGGCUAAAGCGACGCCGGCGCCUCCGGCUAAAGCGACGCCGGCGCCGAAGCCGCCCCCGGCGAAGGCGGUGAAAACGCAAGCCCCCAAGGUUCCGGCCCCCCAACCCCAGAAAAUCGAGACCAAAGUGAUGCCCACGCCCGUGGUGGCCACAAAAACGAUACAGUUUCCCCUGGAAGCGAGCGACUCUGAUGAUGAUGACGACGACGGUAAUUUCCAGAUACACUUCACCAAAAAGGUUAAUCAUAGCUUCGGAGAUUUGUCUGAAGAUAGUUCGAGUGAGGAUGAGGAGCCCGACGUGAGGCCUAUGAACUUCAGUAGUCAAGCCACGAGUAUAUUCUUCGGUGAAGACGAAGAACCGAAAGUGAUGAGACCUAGACACGUCGCUGUUAAUGACGACGACGAUCUAUCGGAUGGGAGUAGUGCAAGUGCUUAAGUAUUUAUUAACUGUAACGUAUUGUAUUUUUUUAUUACAUUAAUUUCGUA